CGUGGAUGGACCGUGGAUGGACGGUGGCCGACGGUAUUUAAUACCAACCACCGUGCACUAGCUACCUAGCCGUGAUCUUGGGAUUCUUGCUUCGAAAUCGAACGGAGAGGAGACGCUUCAGCCUUAAGCCUUCAGGUACGUUUGUCGGUUGUGUACAGAAGACCACUGUUCUGAAAAACUGUCCAUAAUACCUAUGGCGAAGCUCAAACAACCAAGCACCGCCGCAGCAGCAGCGGCAGCAGCAGCAGCAAAGAAGUCUUCCGCUUCCAGCACCAAAAAGACCAUCGGGAAGGGCCGCAAAUCCGUCUCCAGCGCAACGGUCACUUCCAUGCGGCCGCAAAAGAGACCGUCGUUCCUCCUUCCCGCCCCACCGAACCAUCCGCGAACUCCAAAACCGUCGUAUCCCUUCAUCACGACGACGGUGCAGAACUACCACCAUCCGAAAGACGCCGGCGCGGGCUCGGACCCGAGCCCAGCGCGGGAAAUCAAGCAGGAAGACGCCGCCGGCCAUGGCGCAGAGGAAUCCACAGUCAACUUCAGCGUCGUAAUCGACGUUUCGGCCGACAAGGCCAGCAGCAUCUCCAGCACCAGCGGAUACGCGCGUGGUCCCGGCGGCAAGCACUCCCCCCCAGCUUCCAGCACCCGCAUCAGUAAGCCGCACUCCCCCGCGUCCUGGCACCCGUCAACCAUAUACACACCCCCACCGACCCCGCGGCGCCUCGCGGCCAACGCACUGAGCCGCGAAGUCCUAGCCGCAGGCCGCACAGAGCGGCUGCACAUAGCGCGGGGCCGCGACCAGCUGGUGGAGCGCCUGGCGGUCGACGCGGUCAACACUUCCGCCACAAUCCACGACUCUGCGCGCCGCAGCCGCUUCGAUACAAAUAUCGAACAUGUCAUCGCCCGCUUUGCGACCGAGGCUGCACAGGAGGUCGAUCGCCUCGCUACGAGGUAUCAGCAGCUCGCUGCGGCGGUGUUUUUGCAGGCUAUGCAGGGGAGGGAUGAGGCGCUGGGUGCAGCGGGCGCGGGUGCCGCUGGUGCGGGUGGGUUGGUCGGGUUGCCGCUGCCGCUGUCAAAUAGGGCCAGGAAGGAGGAGGAGAAGGAGGUUAGGGAUGGGUGGUUGGAUACGGUUUUGGGGUAGCUAUGGUGGUAUAUAUGCAUACAUACGGUGGUUUUUGGUUAAUUGCGCUCUCGAGGACGGUCUUUUCGGGUGGCUUGAUCGUGUUUGUGCUCGCUGUCGCCUGAUCUCAUCGUUUGCUCGGUUUUCGUGAUGGAUGUGAAUCUUCACAUUGGUAUCGGCGACUGCCUACCUAGGCGUGUAGUGAAACUCUGUGCAUGUCUUCUUCUGUUGUUUGAUUUGAUUUCGUGAGUAGUAAUUGUGUGCUGCCAGCUCCAAGUUGCUUUCCUCUCUCGAAUUAUUGGCCUUGCUGGUGAAUGGAGGAUACUCCACUCUAGUGAGCUCGAGUCGGGAUAGCCGGGUGGGAAGGAACUACGUUUCGCCUGUUAGCUCCGUGGCGGGCUCGCUUCUGGUUGCAUUUUAGCC